AUGGACCCGCAGACUGCUGCGCAGAUAGUGCACACGCUGCAGACAACAGCCAUAGCCGCUGUGAUAUUUGCUGCAUGUGUCUUGCUCCCCAGACUCCAGGCCAAAGCCCAGCUUGAGAAGCUGCCUUCCGCUAAUCUUGACGCGGGCGAGAAGGCGCGGCAAGCAUUCAUAACCUCAGCAAGAAAGCUCUAUCAAGAUGGGUACCACAAUUUCAAAAAUAGCGUUUUCAGACUCAUCAACGAGAAUGGCCAAGAAAACGUCAUUGUGCCCCGGAGUUUGCUGCAAGAGCUUCGGAAAAUGCCCGACGAUGUCCUCAGCUUUCCAAAGGCUAUAGAGGAUGAUAUGGAAAUCAAGUACACAAGACUGCAAAGCGAGGGUGCCACGGCCAUCCAUGUGGUCAAGAGUGACCUUACUUCAGCACUACCUCGACUGAAUCCAAUCAUCUGUCAAGACGUCGAUGCUGCGCUCAAAGAAUAUAUGCCACCAUGCGAUGAUUGGACUGAUGUCAACAUUAACGCAAAGCUAGUCACCAUCAUUGCCAAGGUCUCGGGUCGAAUUUUUGUUGGCCCAGAGCUAUCCCGGGAUCCCGAAUACCUCGACGCUGCAUGCAAUUACACUAUCGAUCUCAUUAAUGCUGUUAACGGAAUUAAAAAGAUUCGCCCGUGGCUAAAACCCUUCUUGGCACCACGCACACCAGAACUCAUUGCUCUUCGCAACCGUGAGAAGCAAGCCGAGAAAAUCCUGCAGCCUCUUGUCGCGGAGCGACUAGCUGCUAAAGCCGGAGAUCCCAAUUGGCAGGAGCCAGACGAUAUGCUACAAUGGAUGAUCAACCGAAGUGAUGGCAAGGAGUCUGUGGCGUUGCUCGCCAGAUACCAACUUGCGGUUAUUUUUGCCGCUAUCCACACUACCACCAUGACCGCCACAAAUGUCCUCUACACUCUUGCUGUUACACCAGAGUACAUUGAGCCGAUCCGAGAGGAGAUCCGCAAUGCCAUAGCUGAGCAUGGCAGCAUUACAUUCCGCGCACUCCAGCAAAUGGUCAAGCUGGAUAGCUACAUGAAGGAGGUUACGCGACUUUAUCCUCCCGGUAUUACCUCCUUCGCCCGCCGCACACUCAAAGGCAUCACCCUCAGCAACGGCCAGUAUAUUCCCCCAGGCGUCACCAUCGAAGUCCCCUCAGCCGCCAUUUACACCGAUGAAUCCGUCUUCCCCUCCUCAGAGACCUUCGACGGACUCCGCGCCUACAACGCGCGUUCCACGGGUAAAGCCAGCGAUAUCGCCCGCAACCAAUUCGUCACGACCAAUGAAGAGAACCUCACCUUUGGCUACGGACGACACGCAUGCCCAGGUCGCUUCUUCGCCGCCAACGAAAUUAAAAUGGUCGUCGCCCGCCUCGUCCUCGACUACGACGUCAAGAUGCCAAAUGACGAGACGAAGCGGUAUACCCAAAUCGAAAUCGGAAAGCAGAGCAUGCCUGAUCCCACCAAGACGCUUGCAUUCAAGAAGGUCGUUAUUUAG